AUGGACCAAAUCGCCAGUUCAACGAAUACGAACGAUACACAGUCUCUCAUUCAAGUGAUUCAAAAUGUUCUUGACAUACCAAACCUACGGGAUCCCAAUGUAGGCACUUGGGCUACUCAACAGUACGGCCAACUUGUAUGGUGGGAUGAUGGAGCAGGUGGUGAUAAUACUCAAUUCCCAGGGUGGGUGAACUCAAGUGGACAGCCCUUCCCUUUUAAUCCCACUGCAUCCGUGCCCCAAGAUCCUAAUACAGGUGGAUGGCAAAAGAUCCCUGGUGAACUAUUAUGCUCGGUGGAUGGAUUUGUUUGGCCCAAUAAUCAACCGCUUUUUACUAUGAACAUAUCCUUGGCUGUUACGGAUGAGCAAUAUCAAGGACAGCCAGUUGUCCAACCGUUUUACGUAUCAGAUCCUAGUACCUAUUAUAACAACCCGGAACUGGUCAAGCGUGUCAUUAUAACGCUCCCUGGUAAGCCGCGAGACACCUGGAAGUACCAGGUCUAUCCAGGAGAAGUUGUUAUUAUGGCGCCAAUCGUUCUGAACCAAGAUGAUCAAGCAGCAGGCGGCGUUGAAUCGAACUGGCUAGCCUAUAGCCAUUCCAAUUGGCAAAUGGGAGGUUCAAGUGUGACACCGCCUUUGCAAAACGGGUCUGUCACGUUUUUCGGAGCAUUGGACAAAAUGGUUGAUGCUGUGAUGGAUCGAAAAUGGUUUCCCAACGUCAAGCAAGUGGUGAUAGCUGGACACUCCCUUGGUGGGCAGGCUUCAAUGCGAUAUGCCUUGCUACGAAAACAGCGGCGAUAUGAAUCUAAUGUUAAAUUCUGGAUCGGGAACCCAGGUUCAUGGACGUGGUUGACCAACAGUACGGACACGCAACGCCCUAAUUGGGGCCCAACGAAUUUGAAUGGUGAAGAUUGUACGGCUGACAUUGAUACUUGGCCAUAUGGUUUGGGAGGUAAUACAUCGAAAAUUACCAAGUAUGGAAGGUCGCGUGUGCUAGCAAAUAUGGCCGACACUUUGGCGCUGUACCGCUGGCGUCAUGUUCAAUAUGCACUAGGUCUCCUUGACAAUGGUGCGGGUGAUACUCAUUGUCAAGCUCAAUAUCAGGGUUAUAACCAUUUGCAUCGAGGAUCGGACUUCGCACUAGCGCUAGCACAAAUGCCAGGCGGAUGGCCAUCCAACCACUCACUCAACUAUGUCUCCCGUGUGUCGCAUCAGGAUUAUGACAUGUAUGCGACGUCGAUGGACUUCCUUUUUUUGAGAGACUUUAACACGAGCUUCCCGGAUCUCUAUGGACACCACACUCCCAAAAAUAAAACUGCACCGGAGCCCGCCUAUUCUGGCGAUCAUGCAUGGGAAGCUCCUAUUUACCGUACUGUUGCGUGGAUCAUUCUUGUGGUAUGCAUUGUCGCUGUCAUUGGAAGUCUUGUUGUUUGUCAAUACUGCUUCAAGGCGAAUGCCAAUGAUUGGGACAGAGACUAUUGGGAGUACGACAGUAAGCGGCGUCUUUUGUGA